GACCUUCAUGUCAUCAUCAUCGUCAACAUGGCUGCCACAGACCACAUCAGAGCGGUACGUCCUCGUUCCUACCAAAAUGAUAGCUAUUUGCGCGGGUUUCUUGGAACUGUGGGUGACUUACAGAAGAAUAGGGUACUGCAGGAUGUCGUCAUUGAAGUCGAGGGCCGGCGAUUUCCCUGCCAUCGGCUUGUUCUGUCCGCGGCCAGCCCCUACUUCAGGGCCAUGUUUACAAGUGACAUGGCGGAAAGUCGGCAGAAGACGGUUGUUUUACAGUGUGUGGAUGCAAGCAUUUUCGGGGAGAUCCUGAAAUACAUCUACUCGGGAACCCUUCAUGUAUCGAUGGACAGAGUGCAGCCCCUGUACCAGGCAGCUGACCUCCUCCAACUGGACUAUGUGAGAGACACAUGCAGCAGCUACAUGGCCAUGAACGUAGAGCGCUCCCACUAUAUGGACUUGUACAAGUUUGCUGAUAUCUUCUCUGUGAACGUUGUCCGUAAAGCUUGUCUGCAGAUGAUCCGAAGAAACUUUGUUGAGGUUGCCUCCAGCGAAGAUUUCUACAGCCUGAGUAUAAACCAGCUGACUGAGAUCAUCAGCCACGAUGAUCUGGAUGUUAAAGAGGAGACAACAGUGUGGGAGACUGUGGUGAGAUGGGUGCAGUACAGCAGGGAGGACAGACUGCACCAUCUACCCAGUAUCCUCCCUCACAUCCGCUUCAACCUGCUGUCCUCAGCCGACACGGCAGUCAUCUUGGAUCACCCCCUGGUUAAAGAGGUUCCCGGGAGUUCCGAGGUCAUCAGGCAUGUGAUACAGAAAUGGAAGGCCAACAUGAAACCGAGGCUUGGGAUGACAACAGAAAUGGUUCUGUUGGCCAAUACUGAUUCCAAAGAGCUCCUUUUCAUGAACCCUCUGGAAGGGAAGUACAUCAGCUGCAGCUACAAACCAGAAGACUUUCCCUGCAUCACAGACGUGACAGUCACUAGAGAUAACAACAUCUACAUCCUGACUCGUACGGGAAAGAGUAACGGUGAGCUGUCCAUGCUGAAGUACAACCAUGCGGGGAAUGUGUGGGAACAUGCUGGUAUCUCCUCAGUAUCUAAGUCGCUGAGACUGGACAACGAUUCUACAUGGUACGAUGAGCACCUUGUUGAACUUGAUGGGAAUUUGUACUAUCUUGCUGCCGAUGUAGAGGAUGACAGUGGAUUGGUGUGGAUGAGAAAGUACAACUGGCACACAGACCAGUGGCAGGAGUGUGCACAGCUGCAAGUUGACAAUACUGAAUAUGACUACAGUGAAGCAUUGGCCUGCGGUUCACACCUCUAUUUCCUGACAAGUUUAGAACUGCAUUGCUAUGACCCAAGCCAGGACCGUUGGUGCAAGCGGAGCCCAGCAUCAGACCCCGAUCUUGACAUCUAUUCAGCCGUUACCAUGGGAACAGAGCUGUUCUGCGCCGAUUUUGACUUCAAGCAGACCAUGGUGUACGACACAGAGUCAGACCGCUGGCAGAAGCUGCAAGGCUGGCCGAACAAAGGAAACCGUAAAAUGAAAAUGUGUAUUUCUCCCUGUCUUUUUGUAAUUGACAAUCAGCUCCACAUAUGGUUAAGCUGUGUUGAUGACGAGGAUGAUAAGGAAGAACUUCUCGUAUAUGUGUACGACAGGUCUGCUGAUGUCUGGGGGGACUUGAAGGCAACUCUGCCUAAUAAGACAUAUUUCUCACCUGGCCCUAUGUGCCCUGUGGCACGUAUGUACCUACCAUACCUUAAAGGGGCACAAAAACAUAUCACGUCUUACGCUUAUCAGCGUUAAUGUGCAGGAUCAGAACACAUGUAGUGUAGAGCAGUGUAGUCUUUCUAUGCUAUUUAUUCAGCUUUUGAAGAACGCCUCCACAAGAGGAUAGGCAUUUCACCUGAGGUUUUACUUAAGGAAACUUUUGACAUAGAAAUUAUCUUCCUUUCUUGUAGAUAUAGGACAUUUUAAGAAUUGGGACUAAUUUUCUGUAUCGUUAAUGUAAUUUUGUAUCAUCUUUGAACAUUGAAUGUUAACUGAUAGUCUGAUAGAUUCGCAGAGUAGCCCUUUGUCAGUUGCUAUUCUGUUUGAAGGAAUAUUUUACUCUGUAGUUCUUAUAUAAACAUGAUUUGUGUCGUUUGAAUUUUUUACCAACUUGUAUCUAAUUUCGUACCUUUCCCCUCGCUGUGUCCGUUUGACAUGGAAAAAACAUUCUUCUUUGUACUGCAAACAUUUAAACAUUUAUUCAUGUAUUCCCAACGUGGCUGAUGUGUCACAGGUUACGUUUUAAUGCAAAAUGUUACAGCAUUUUUUUUUUGCUUAUGUAAGUUAAGCAAAAAGUCGCAUGCUCACCACUUCACGGUUCCUGUUUCCAUGUGGGGAAACCAGUAUUACAAUAAAUAAAAUCAUAUUUUUUUAGUGAUUGUGUUUCAGAAACUGACGAAC